GCGGACGGUUAGGUAAUUUGGCUUGAAUGUAUCAAAGUCAUGGUGCCCCGUGUGAGUAUUUACAACAAGAUAUUAACUUGAAUCGUUUUCGGCAAAAAACAGGAUGAUCGCACAUUUGUAUCGAUUGUUUAUUCGGGAAAAUGUCUGCAACUGUUGGUAUAUAACAAAGAAAUCCUCCUAAGAGCGGACACAGAUGGGACUAUGUCUCUGAUGACCAAUUCUGCAACUCUUGAUACCGGUAAGAAGCAUUGAGACAAAUGUAGUUGGAUGGGCGCGUUUCCUUAUCAUGGGUCAGAACACAUAUAAAGUGUGGAGAAUUUGUAGAGCAUGGGAAAAAUUUAUAAUGGUGAUUAUGUAUCAACACUGUGGCAUUACCUAAUCUAUCAUUCUUUAUAAAAUUGGAAACAGCAUAGCAAAGUUUUUAUUUGUUGUUUGAAUGCUUCCAGUAUUUUAAGUUCCCGAUAGCGGACGAUUUAUUCUAAUGGUGAACUUUACUAUAUUCAGUGUAAUAAUGGGUUUUUUAUGUUAAGGCGGGAUGACGUAAGCCAAAGGGCUACGAAGAAGUUACCUCUCGGGCCGGCCAAGACACAGCCUUGAUGUCUGCGCCGCAAAAGAUAAAUAGAGAAUUUGGUCAAGUGACCUUGGCGUAAACGCAUUUGUUAUAAGAUCAUCCCGCUUGCGAUAAAUCAUGUCAAAGCUGUCGUUUGAUCUUCUGAUCUGUUGUAAUCAUAAUAGCAGAAAUAUUCAGCAAAGCAACGCUCCUGUUUACUGCCAUCUCAGAGGAGGAACACUUUCGCCCAUCUAAGACUGCCAAUGAGAAUUUCAAAUGCCUUUCAAUCAAAAUCUCAACGUCAUUUUUACCUUGAGGACUCAUGUACGUUGGUACUGUGCCUCUUCUGAGAUCAAGCUUCAGAAACUCGCUCGUGGGAAAAAGUCAGCUCUUUGUUUUCUUGAACAAAGGCGGGAAAAUUUUUGCGGACUGCUAAAUACAAUCUCCUUAUGCCCUUUUGUCUGGUCUCAAUCGAAGGGCACGCGCGGAACAAUACGUUAUGUAAAACUAUUGCCUCGACAUUUGCCCUGGCCAAUCAGAACGAGCCAUUCCCACGGGGUCUUCGUUCCUUUCUACGCUUUCGCACGACUGCCAUAAGAUGGCUGUCAUGUUUGUGAUGAUGGAACGGGGGGAUAUGCCUAUUAUACAAAAAACAGAACAGGCUAACGCGGUGUUAUUUUGUCUGAGUGCUUUCCAUGGUUCAGUGUAUACUACCAAAGUAGCUUGCGCAAAGGAGAAUUUUUCGCGAUUUGGCGUCUGCAUUUUAGCGGAUUGCGAUGUCAGUCGAAGAACAAGAGACAAAUGCAGCAGAUAAGAUGGAAGAAGAAGAGAAAAAUUCACCAUCAAAGCAAAAAAGUCCUAAAAAGUCAAAUAAACCUCAGAUGGAGAAGAAAAGACGAGAAAGAAUAAACAAUAGCCUCGAUGAAUUGAAGCUGUUGAUUCUUGGAGCCAUGAAGAAGGAUGCCAGUUACUACUCCAAGCUUGAGAAGGCUGAUAUUUUAGAAAUGGCUGUUGACCAUGUUAGGAACCUUCAGAAGCAAGUCCGAACUGUUCAAAAUCCGGAUGCAGAUCCCAUGGCCAAAUACAGAGCCGGAUUCAUCACAUGCGCCUCCGAAGUGACACGAAUGAUCAUGGGAUUUCCCGGUUUGGACGAAAGCAUCAAGUUCAACGUAAUGAAACAUUUAGCAAGCUGUUGCACUGUGGAUCAAAGAUCAUCUACAAAAGACAAUAAGAUCAAACAAGAAUUGCCGCUUGAUCCAGGCAGGGGCCAAGAGGUUCGUAUUGAACCAGCCCGGACUCAGGAUGUUCGAAUUGAGCCAGUGAGGAGUCAAGAUACUCGGGUUGACCCAGUGAGAAGUCAGGAUGUUCGCAUUGACCCAGCCAGGAGCCUAGACGUUCGCCUAGAUGCAAUCCGAGGACAAGAACCUACGUCAUCAAUUGGGAUGACAAGUGCACAACUCAGCCAGAUCGUUGAUUCUCGAACAGUCGGCGAAAAACGCGCCAUGUAUCAACAAUUAUUAACUCGAGCUGGAACUCAAGUUAAACGACAACCGCCAGAACCACGUUUGAAGCUGAAUCAGUACACAAACGGCAUAAUGGAAUAUAGACUAGAUGAUCAAACGAUAAAACAAUUCAGUCCGGGUUUGAAAACAAAAUUUCCGCCCUCGGUCGUGCCUUGGACUAGCAAUGUCACUCCAACCAAAACAACGUCGAUGGUAUCUGGCGUGAGUCAGCUAUGGGUUGACAGCAACAAUAAUACAGAAUGCAGCAUUAAAAAACAAUCGCAAGAAGUCGGUUUUGAUAUCCCCCACAAAACCAGUAGGCCGGAUGGCAGUCUGAUAAAACCAGUACCACAAAUGCCGGAAAAAGUAUUUAUAAGUGGCGGUAUAAAGUUUAUGCCAGCAACUGUACUUGUACCGGUGCAAGUUGAGUAUGCGCCAUUCGAAUAUGGAAGAAAGUCGGUAUCGGAAGAAAAACGCGAUGUCUGGAGACCUUGGGAGAAAAUGGAGCAUCUUUCCAGAAACUCUAAGGCAAGCCAUGGCCAUAGCAUAUUUACUUUGUGAUUUAGUUUACAACCAUAUAUCUAUUUUUAUAACAUGCAGUAAUGUAAAUUUGUAAGAAAAUGAAUAUCCGAAGUAUUUCAGUGUAAAUGUCUUUUUGUGGGAAUUAUAGCGUAUCUGUUAAUAUCGAGAAAUAGAGCUCAGCCAUAGUA